AUGCGAUGGCGCAGCUGGUCCGUGUGCGGCGGUUGGCUGCUCGGCAGGCACCAUGUGAGGGCCUGUUCGCAUUGUUGGUUCCGUCCUAUGUGCAACUUUGUGUACCGAGACAACGGCGCGGUGAAACGGCGACCACUUUGCUCGCCAACCAACAGUGCUGUCGCCACAUGCAGCAAACUGAGAUUUCCAGUUGACUCGCAGUCAAUAGUCACGCAGGUCGCAUUGUCUGGGUCUCUGAUCGGCCGCAGCGGCUCUAUCGCCGAUGGCGAGGUCCUCGUGGCACGGUGCCUUCAGGGCGCGACCGACACGGACAUGGGCCGCUGUUGGUACUUGCUUUGA